AUGGCUGCGCUCUGCCAGGCCGUCGGCUCCUUCCUCCGCCCCGUCGCGGCGUCCUCAUCCGCGGGCGCGUCCCGCCCCGGCCGCGGCGUCACCCGCUCGCUGACGGGCCUCGCCGCCCCUCGCGGACCCGCCCAGCGAUCGUACGGUGAUCAGGUCCACUCGGUGGGAUUCCCGCCGGUGCCCCCGCCGGGCGUCGCGCUCGACCGCCGCGGCGCCUCCGCGGUGCCCGCGCGCGCGUACGCCGACGACUACGGCGGCGGAACCAUGAACCAGGCCCCGGGCUACGGCGGCGGAACCAUGAACCAGGCCGGCAGCCCCGCCCCGCCCACCGUGGAGUGGGAUCCCCGCAACGCCAACACCGUCACCGUCAUCGGCAACACGGGCAUGGACCCGGAGAUGACCAUGUUCGACACGGGCGCGUGCGUCGCUCGCGUGUCGCUCGCGGUGCGCGGAAAGAAGCCGAUGAGCCCCGGCGGGAUGGACCCCGCGGGUGCCAACAACGCGGACGACGGCGCCACCACGUGGCUGGACGUGGAGGCUUGGAACGACGAGGCGCGCCAGCUGUGCGAUCACGUCGCCAAAGGGCGCCAGAUCAUGGUCACCGGUCGACUCAAGGAGAACGUGUGGACGGACAAGGCGACGGGGCAGAGGCGAUCGCGCAUCAAGGUGAGCGCGUACUCGUUCGCGUUCGUCGCACCUUACAACGGCGCGAACGGCGUUAACGGCGGCGGCGUCAACGGAGGCGCCUAUCGCCCCGACGAUCCGUACGCCAACCAGGCGGUGGCGGCGACGGUGCCCCCGCCCCAGCAGCAGCAGCAGCGGAUGCAGCAGCAGCGACAGGCGUCGGCGACGAUGAUGGGCGGCGACGUGGUCGGCGAGAAGGACGACCUCUGGCGCGAGGUGCUCGAUAACCCGGACGCGUGGUGGGAUAACCGCGAGCGCAAAAGCGCGCCGGGGGGUAAUCCCCGCUACCCCGAUUUCAAGCACAAGGAUACGCAGACGCCGCUGUGGAUCGAAUCCAGGGACACGCCGCGGUGGGCGAUCGACGCCCUGGUCGGUGGCGGCGGCGGCGGCGGCGCACCGAUGGCGGCGGGCGUCGGAGCCGGCCAGCCGGGAUCGGACGCGGACGGCUUCGAGCCGUAUUACGCCGGCGGCGGUUCCGUGCCCGGCGGCGGCGGCGGCUACGGCGACCUCGCGGGUGCUCCCUCCGGCGGAGGCGUCGAUUACUCGCGACCGUACGGGGACGUCGCGUACGAACCCGCGAAGCCCUUCGACGACGACGAACCCCCGUUCUGA